GUGUGCUCACGGGUGGCGCGGGCAUGGCACCAGCUGCUACAAGAAGAUGGCAGUCCCCAACGGUUGGCUCGGCGCCUGGCACCACUGCGUCUCUGAGGGCGGCAACCUGGUCUCGAUCACCUCCUCGGCCGAGGAAGACUUUGUGAAGGCCACCAUGGCCAAGUACAACCACUUCUGGCUGGGACUCUCCAACCAGAAAUGCGACAAGGUCUGGUGUCGCUUUGAAGGCGGGAGCCAGAAGCUGGCCUGGUCCGAUGGCGAGACAAUAAAGCACACCAACUGGGCCCCAAAUCAACUCGAAAGCGCCGACGUUGCGUCCUGCGCCUACGUCAACCAAGGGGGAAUAGGAGAGCCUGGGAAGUGGCGCUCUGGCUCCUGUCAUUCCUCGUUGGCCUACAUGUGCAAACGGCCGCAGAGCUGCCCAGAGGGACAGACGUGUUCCCCCAAACAUGGUCCUGCUGUAGUGAAGACUGCCUACUGCGACGACAACACCUUCCACUAUGACGAUUAUUGUUACCGUUACGAGAAGACGCAUGAAAAUUAUGACAAUGCUGAGAAGUUCUGUCAAGCCCGGGGAGGCCACCUGGCUAGCGUCCACUCUAAGCAAGAGGCCCAAUUUGUGUAUGAUCACUCGCAGACCCAACAAUCUGCUUUGGUGGGACUCAAGAAUACGACGGGCGACGACUACGAGUGGAGUGACGGAACAACCUUUGAGUACAAACAAUGGGAAAAAGGCACCUCGGGGGACUGUGCGUUCCCAAAUUCUGUUGGGGAGUUGAGUGGCUGUCAGUGCUCAACGGCGCGGCCAUUCUUCUGCAAAACAGCCAAGCACGGAGGGACUCGACGGCUGGCAUCAUCAGUCAGCCUAGUCAGCUGGACUGACAAAUGCGGCUGGUGGCUGGACAACCCCACCAACGACUUCUGCUACCAGAUGAUCAGCCAGCCCACCAAGACCUGGCAGAAGGCGCAAGACGACUGCAAACGCCUCGAAGGGGACCUGCUCAGCAUCACCGACACCGAUGAGCAGGCCUUCAUAAAGGGUAUCGCCAAGGUUCUGAUGGGUGAUGACGCCUCCCUGUGGUUGGGCGCCAACGGAGGCAUCGAGGGUGACGGCGGCAAGUGGGCUGACGGAUCCCCCUUCUCUUACCUCCACUCGAGUGCAGGUGACGCCGACGGGGGGAAAUGUCUUUCCUUGCUCACCGGCAGCAGUGACUGGGAGCGUGACAAGUGCGACAACAUGAAAGGCUACGUCUGCAAGAAAAGAGGAAAAGGAAAGACGGCAAAACCCCAGCUGCUACAUGACGGCUACAAGGAGAGCUUUUUCUGCCAAGACGAUUGGAAAGUCCUUAAAUGUUCCGAUGAAAGAGUCAUCCGCGUACAGUCGGCUUUCCAUGGACGGAGGCGUAGCAACGUCUGUCCGAGUGGCGGCGCCGGAUCACAGGAUCGCUGCAGGAUGAAAGGGGCUCUCUCUCACUUUAGAGCAUUGUGUGACAAAUAUCAGACUUGCCCCAUUCAACUUACGGGUAUGGACCACUGCCCUGGUGUCUCCAAAUACCUCCACAUCGUCUACAGCUGUGAGGAGAAAGUGUGUCUUGACAGUCUGGGCAUCGCUGACGGGAAAAUCCCAGACUCCUCCUUUUCAGACUCUUCCUCCGCGAUCAAUGGCAAACCUCACAAAGCGCGUCUGGGGGGCAGCGGUUGCUGGGAACCGUCCAAAAUGUUCGGCAGCUGGAUCCAGGUGAACCUCGGUCAGCGCUUCAAGGUGACGGGCAUUGUGACCCAGGGGUGUACAUACCAAUUGGAAAGUUCCAACAUAUUUGAGUUGGAGUUCAGUACUAACGGAGAGACUUGGUAUCGCCACCCAGAGCAGCUUGCUGUGGGGACGUACAUGCUAACCAGGUUCGUGUUCGCCCAGUACGUCCGCCUCCUGCCAAGGUUUUUUGGCCUUCGCUUUGACGUCUUAGGGUGCACGCCUGACGACGCCUCUCGCGACAUCUUAUGCAGCAGCACAGCCACCAGCCUCGGCGUGGACGGUUCAAUGACGGUCCGGUGCCCGCCGGGCUGCGCCCAAACCUACACGGUCUACGGAACACAGAUCUACAAACAAGAGUCAAACAUCUGCGCUGCUGCCAUUCACUCGGGCGUCAUUGAGAACGCGAUUGGAGGAAUUGUGUCUUUGCUGAAGAGAGACCCACAGAAGGCCUACAACGGCUCCGCCAGGAACGGGAUCACCUCGAGUGUUGGUGACGGUUUGGCUCAAUCUCCGUCUUACACUUUUGGAGACCAGGAGCCGAGAUGCUUGGGACCUGAAUGGGAGGAGUUUGCGGACUUUUGCUACAAACGUUUUGAUGAGAGAAAGACGUGGUACGGCGCUCGACAAAACUGCUCCUGUCUGAAGGCCAAGCUGGUGUCAAUCCGCUCCAAGGUUGAGCGGGAUUGGCUGCAAGACCUCCUGACAUCAGCCCCCGGCGACACGUGGAUCGGACUGAACGCCCCGGUGUUUCCCGGCGAAUUCGUGUGGUCGGACCACCAGAAGGUGACCUUAACCAACUGGGCUCCGGAAGAACUUGCCGACAGGUUGGAGAAUUGCGUGGCCGCCUUGAGCCAGUCUGGCAAAUGGAUGAUGAUGUCGUGCGCGCAACUCAACGGCUACAUGUGUAAGAUGCCCACGGAGCGUUAUGCGCUGGAUAAAGGCGCCAAUGCAAGUGGCGAGUAAUCAUACGAAUGCAAUUGACCUUGCAUGAUCGUUCUGUUUGAUUUACCAUGCAUUUUGAUUGAUGCAUUAUUAUGACUGAUUUACCAUGCAUUAGUCUUUUUGUUAGAUUUACCAAGCGUUAUGAUUCUGUUUACUUCUUCUUCUUGACUUAACAUGUGAUAUGAUGAUUUACCAUGCAUUAUUAUUCCUUUGUCCAAUUUACCAUGUUAUUAUUCUCUUAGAUUUACCGUGCAUUUUCAUCAUUGAUUUCUUCUAUUUCAUUUUACUUAUUGUUAGAUUUACCAUGCAUCAUGAUUAUGCCAUCUGAUGAUUUACCAUGCAUUAUUAUUCCUUUGUCCAAUUUACCAUGUUGUUAUUCUCUUAGAUUUACCGUGCAUUUUCAUCAUUGAUUUAUUUCAU